AUGGGAGCUAUACGAGUCAAUUGGGAAGAAGGCCAUGUCCCUUACUCUCACAGCCCCCUCGUGGGAUUAAGUUAUUCGAGGUGUGCUCUCAUAGCCUCGUUGGGAUUACAACCGGCACAAUGGGAUAAGAUCCAAGAUUCCCUCGGAGACUUGUUCUCCGCCCCACCUGACGCUCGCAUUGCAUUGGCCUUUGAGAAAAAUGAACUCCGGUUUAAACAUGCGGAAAAAAGACUCGAUGCUUAUUUGAAAGCCGUCAAAGUUCUUCUUGGAAGCCUUGGCAAGUCAGGUUCUUUCUUUAUACGAGACUAUAAUGGCGUUGGGGCAGUUGCGGAAUACUGCUAUACCUCCAAACUUGACAAAACGGACAUCAACACCAACCGAAUAUUCUGGCGAGCAUCCACUGCGGCGUUGAAAAAAGAAAAGGGUGGCUUUAUUGUACCUCCAACGUAUGUUUCUUUUAACGAGCUACAUAAGGCGCAGUUGCUACACGGUAAGGAGGAGUUCGAAGACCCAGACUGGGAGUCAAUCGGAUGUCGAACAAUUCACUCUCAACGACAAUGGUGCCGUUUUAUCUGUAUACAGGGUCUUUCCAAUGCCGCACCUGCAGAUGGCGAAGCCCCGGAUUGGACCUUACUCGUCUAUGAUAACAAGAAACGACCACGGUUGCCUGGAGGUCGAGAAGCACUCAUUUCGAGGAUGUUCAAAUACCACCUAUAUUGUCGGCAACCAAAGGUAUCUGGAAAUCCAUUCGAGUUUUCCUGGAGAGCUUUUCACAUCACUUGGACUCGUUUGCUGGAAAUCUCACAACAGUUCAACUCUAGCUGGAAGAUGGGUCCGCUCUAUAGCAAUAAAAACUAUUUUAUUCAGCAACAAGCGCUUACUGUGGCGUACUUCCCAACCUUUACAGGAAUUGGUAUGGAUGACCCAAGGUCGUACAAAUCGAAUGGUCCAAGGGGCGACCCGAGCACAAGCUUUUGGACUAUCCUGCUGCUGGCACCCCAGUCAAAGGAUAAUUGGGAUGAGAUCACAUACGGUGCCGGCUCGAUAUUUCGGGUGAUCGUACGAGGUUUAAAAAAGGCUGCCGAUGACUGGGAUGAGCUGAGAUCUGAGCUCGGCAAGACAAUCGAUUUUGAAAGCCCUAUUUGGGAUCCCGAAGCACAUGAUGGUCUUUUAUCCGAUGACGAAGCGUUUUCGAGAUCACGCCUGUACUUUUGGGUCGUUGAUGCUCUCGGAAUGUUUCAUAGGCAGAUAGAAGAUGCAAUGACGGAAUGUUCCGCUUCCGAGCUGCCCGAGCAGACAUGUUGGGAGCUGUUGACGACCAAGUAUAUACGCUUGUUCAAGAGGGAGAAGACCAGAUGA